AUGGGCCGCAUUUACGGAUGGCUGCCCGACCCAAUCGACGAGUUCGCCACCGGCGUGCUGGUCAAGUGUUCUGGUGUGACCGCGGACGACACCUACAACCUCGGCACCAUCCGCUACUACGACAUGGACUACAAGUUCUCGGCGAUAGCUCCAGGUAAGAAUCCCGGCAAACUUGAGAACGGCAGCUUCCACUCCAUGUACUUCCCCUACCGCGGUCAGAUAGCCUACCUACAGCCCCUGGUCUUCGUCAUGUUUGACGGCGUUAAACGCAACACCUUCAUCCGAGUGAGGUGUUGGCUCAUCGCGAAGAACAUCAAGGUGGACUUUGCGAGGGGUGAAGGAAGCGCCGAAUUCGAGAUCAUGUAUGAAUAA